AUGGAUCACACUAAAUUCCGUCCUAGGAAACAUACUGGGCGCUCUGAAGAUUUGAUUUCCGAGUCGAUGGCGAGUCGCAUGUCAGCGGUUAGCCCGCCAUUAUCAAGUGGCAGGCCAAAUUCCAGCAUGGUUGAUGAAGGCACGCUCGACACGCACAGUAGUAACGGUGCGAGGAGGGUGAAAUCAUCCCGUGCUACUGCCACACGUGCCGAGAAACUCCGACGCAGAGCGAGUCCUAGACUUUCGGGAGAUUCAAAUCAGAUUCUCGGUUAUCAUCGCCAUGUGGCUGGGAUGGUACCCCAGAGAGCGCUUGAUGCAGGGGUCUCGGAGUUGCAAGAUCACAUGCAUGGGGGUCCCCGCCCGGACUUGCCCAGAUUCUACUCCAGCCCGCCUUUGGGUUCAUCGAAUGAACUGAGUGGUCAAAGUAUGCAAUUCCGGGAUGUCUCGACGCCGUCAAAUGAUAUAGAAAUGUCGGACCCGGCCUUGGAUCUUACAAGUCCGAUAAUAGACAGGCAUGAGUAUCAGGGAAUGUUCCGACAAGUGGAAACCAAUCCUAUCACUCAAGACCAAUUGAUCAAUGAGGUGAGGCAGAUAUAUGCCGGGCUUGCGAUGGUCGAAAAGAAGUGUAUAGAUAUCGACAAGCAGCAAACUGAGUUGAAAGGGGAUUUAUCGGAAUCGCAGUGGCAAGCCUUGAUUUCCCUGCAUCGAACAUUGCUAUAUGAGCAUCACGACUUCUUUCUGGCUUCACAGCACCCAACCGCAAGUCUAGUGCUAAAGCGACUUGCCGAAAAGUAUGCCAUGCCCGCACGAAUGUGGCGUUAUGGAAUUCACUCAUUCCUAGAGCUCUUGCGGCAGAAACUACCAAAGUCGUUGGAUUAUAUGUUGAAUUUCAUCUAUCUCGCCUAUUCGAUGAUCACAUUACUGCUGGAGAGUGUAUCCGCCUUCCGGGAAACAUGGAUUGAGUGUCUAGGAGAUUUGGCACGUUAUCGAAUGGCCAUCGAGGAGUCCGAUAUGAGAGACCGGGAAAUUUGGGCAGGAGUGUCCCGGUACUGGUACAAUCUGGAUGCAGAUCGAAGCCCCGAUGUUGGUCGAAUUCAACAUCAUCUUGCAGUGUUAGCUAGACCAGAUGGUCUGCAGCAACUUUUCUAUUACACCAAAGCCCUGGUUUGCGUGCGUCCAUUCCCAAAUGCCCGAGAGAGCAUUAUCCUUCUCUUCAAUACCUAUAGAGGACAUGUACUUACUCAGUACACGAUUAUUACCACCUUUAUUGCGACACAUGGGGUUUUAUUCUCGCAAGGCACGGCCGAGCAAUUCGUUGCCGCAGCCAAUCUAUUCUUAUCCCUACUCCGAAGCGAAUUCCAUCAGCUGGAUUGCCAAGGGCAACAAGGGGUCUAUAUGAUGUCUUGUAACUUUGCCUCGAUAUUGCAAUAUGGCGAAGCUGAAGGAGAAAUGGCAUUGGAAUUUGCAGCAAGGCAAGGCGAAACUCUAGCCGAAGCACAUAAAUUUGCGCUGGAGUGGACUAGCUCAUCCGAGAAUCAAUCAAAUUCCAACUCAAGUCCAGCCUCGAUUACAUCCCGAGGGAGUGCUCUUGCCUUCCAUACCCUCAGCAUCUUUCUUGAUCAAGUGAAAAAACCCGAAAUAUACAGCAGCAUUCACACAUCCCUAGCUUUUAUCUGGUGCUUAUCUCUCCGGCCUACCGCCAUGCAACAACUCGAGACCAUGAUCCCAUGGCUAGCCAUCACAAAGUUCCUCAACACGCUACUCGAACCCGAAACCAACUUUUCCAAGAUCGAGGGCGAAGCCUUCCCCAUCUUCGAAGAAACAACACAGCAACUUUCCGAAGACUUCCUCAUUCGCGGCCAACUCUGGAGUCAGCUGUACUACCCAGAGAACUUCUUCGCAGAUGCCCCUUCAGAAGACAACAGACCAAUUAUAGAAGAGCCCACGACAAUCAUUCCAAGACGACAUAGAUGCCUUUGGUUAGGCGUACGAAUAGCAACGUUUAAUCGAUGGAUAACAUACAGUCGAGAUCGGAAGUUUGCACCAACACAGCUCGCGCACGAGUUUGCCACUAUUGCGAAUACCUGCGGUCAUCUCAGUGUACCAGGACCACCAGCUGAUCACGACAUGAACGGAGCCUGA